CUCGCUAGCUCAGCCCAUUCUUGCAUGUCGGAGCAAACGCUGGCCGCUGUGCCGCCAAUUGUUACAUCAUCAACCGAAAAAAAGUUCUUUUCCAAUCUACUUAACUGCCCAUCCGCAAACGCGCGGAACGCGAAUCGAAACCUUUCGAAUUAGAGCUUACAUAUCUCAUUUACCGGUCAACGAGUCGACCCAGGUUAUGGCACAGGCCCUCGCAAUCCCCGGCCAGCUGCUUGGCCCGGCGGAUAAGUACGUCGCGGGCGCGGGCACGCAUAUCUACGACUCGAACUUGUACGCCUCCGUCCUAGGCACUGUGAGCGUUGUCGGUGCUCAGGUGCAGGCACAGACACAGCAACAACAGACUUCCGGACCUCAGAAACGGUUAACGCGGAUCGCAGCCUUAGCUCAGGGACGAAACGAAGAUGGCACCGGCAAUAAUGGCAGUGGCAGCAAGAGCAGCAGUGGUGCAAAUAGCAAAGCAACGAUCUCAGUCUCUCGGUCCGGUGUAGCGGAGAAACGCGAGGUGCUCCCGGAGGUUGGCAAUGCGGUGCUGUGCCGCGUAACGCGCAUCACGCCACGACACGCAAAUGUCGCGAUAUUGGUCGUCGGGGACACGGUGCUGGAGGCGGAGUGGGCGGGCAUGAUUCGCGUUCAGGACGUCCGGGCUACGGAGAAGGAUCGUGUGAAGAUAUACGAGAGCUUUCGGCCGGGCGAUAUUGUGAGAGCACAAGUGAUCUCUCUAGGUGAUCAGGCUAAUUAUUACCUCUCGACUGCGAGCAACGAACUCGGCGUCAUUAUGGCUACGAGCGAGGCGGGAAAUACUAUGUAUCCCGUCAGCUGGAAGGAGUACAAGGACCCGGAGACUGGUCUCGGCGAGCCUCGAAAAGUCGCUAAACCGUUCUGAACUGCCCAGCUAUCUUGGUUCGUGGACAUGAACGAAGAUGAUUAGUUUUCUCGAAGACUUCGAACCUUCACAGUCUACAUUCUCUGGGACCUGAACUCUGGUCUAUCUGAGUAGUCUGGCCUUAUACAAAAUCGGCAUUGUCCGCCGACAAAGGGUUUAUGACCGAAGUGUUUUACUACUUUACCCGAAACUUCUCGACAAAGUUGCAUUCAACACUGGAACAUGCACAAUACUGGUGGAGUCA